AUGCGUACCACCAUCAUCUCCGCCCUCCUCUUCAGCCAGGUCAUACUCUGCUCUCCCCUGCAAGCCAUCCGAGACAUCGACUGGGAGAAAGAACUCCUUGGACGCAGCAGCGAUGACAGCCUCGGGCCUCGCCAAGCCCGAUCAGAGAAGAGUAUCGACGCCAUCUUCAAGGGUCUUGGGAAGCUGUAUUUUGGUACCUGUGCCGACUCGGGACUUAUAAACAAUGCGCAGAAUGCUGCGAUUUUGAAGGCGGACUUUGGACAGUUGACUCCGGAGAACAGCGGCAAAUGGGACACGGUCGAGAGCUCAAGAGGAAACUUUAACUUUGGAGGUCUUGACACGUUGGUCAACUUCGCUGUAACCAAUAACAAGAUUAUUCGUGGACAUACCACUGUGUGGCACUCGCAGUUGCCGGGUUGGGUGUCCAAUAUCAGGGAUAAAGCGACCUUGACAACAGUCAUCGAGAACCACGUCACCACAGAGAUCGGAAGAUACAAGGGCAAGAUCCUUCAGUGGGAUGUCGUGAAUGAGAUGUUUGACGAGCAAGGAGGCCUUCGAAAUUCCGUCUUCUCAAGUGUCCUCGGCGAGGACUUCGUCCGCAUCGCUUUCGAGGCUGCCCGCAAAGCUGAUCCUGCGUGCAAGCUAUACAUCAAUGACUACAACACCGUCGAGAAGGGAGCAACAUAUGCCAAAACAACAGGCAUGAUCAGAUACGUCAAGAAAUGGAUCGCAGCAGGCGUCCCCAUCGACGGUAUCGGAGCACAAGCCCAUCUCAUGGCCGGCGAAUCCAAGAAUGUCCCAGCAUCAUUCGCUGCUCUCUGCGCUGCAGCUCCUGAGUGCGCACUUACUGAGAUCGACAUCGUCGGCGCCGCUCCCGCUGAGUACGUCCAGACUAUCAAGGCUUGCGUCGAUAUCAAGAACUGUGUUGGUGUUACGGUCUGGGGUGUUCGUGAUCCUGAUAGUUGGAGAGCCUCGAAUAAUCCUCUGCUGUUCAAUGCUCAAUAUCAGACCAAGCCUGCGUACAGUGCUCUGAUUGCUACAUUGGGUGCAUUGCCAACGAUUGCACCAACACCGGUGAAGGCAAGGGAAGCGGUACCUGCUGCUCAGACUCCUGCAUGA